UCGGGGUCUGAUUGGUCAGGGUUACUGUUCUCCGGAGGAAGCGCUUUUACAGUGUACAGUUCGUAUCCGGGACAGGUUUUAGCGGAACGCCGGCUUUCAGAAGACGCUUUAAAUUAACAGAACUGUGUGUGGUCUGCAAGUUUGGCAAGGAUGGAGCUGUGGCCUUUGCUGUUGUGCAUCGUCCUCUGUGUCGUUCACAUCUCCAGUAAACCGAUGGACAAGAAGGAUCGUGUCCAUCACGAUGCUCCUCUCAGCAACAAGGAGCAUGAAGACGAUGAGAAUUUUGAUUACGACCACGAGGCCUUCCUCGGCCAGGAGGAGGCAAAAACAUUUGAUCAGCUGACUCCAGAGGAGAGCAAGGAGAGAUUAGGUUUAAUCGUCGAUAAGAUCGAUGAGGACCAUGAUGCCCAUGUUACGGUCGAGGAGUUGAAGAAAUGGAUUAAGCAUGCUCAGAAGCGCUGGAUCUAUGAAGAUGUGGAUCGGCAGUGGCAGUCUCAUGACCUCAAUGCAGAUGGUUAUGUUUCCUGGGAGGAGUACAAGAAUGCUACUUAUGGCUACAUUCUUGAUGAUUCCGAUCCUGAUGAUGGUUUCAAUUACAGACAGAUGAUGGCCAGAGAUGAGCGCCGAUUUAAAAUGGCAGACACUGACGGUAAUCUGCAGGCUGAUAAAGAGGAGUUUACAGCCUUUCUUCACCCAGAAGAGUACGACUACAUGAAGGAUAUUGUAGUUCUGGAAACCAUGGAGGACAUUGAUAAAAAUGGAGAUGGUUUCAUUGAUCUAGACGAGUACAUUGGUGACAUGUACAGUCAGGAUGGAGACCCAACAGAACCCGAGUGGGUGAGGACAGAGAGAGAGCAGUUCACUGAAUUCAGAGAUAAAAAUAAAGAUGGGAGAAUGGAUAAAGAGGAAACCAGAGACUGGAUUCUGCCUUCAGAUUAUGACCAUGCAGAGGCAGAAGCAAAGCAUCUGCUGUAUGAAUCUGACACAGACAAGGAUGGAAUGCUAACUAAGCAGGAGAUUGUGGAUAAAUAUGACUUAUUUGUUGGGAGCCAAGCUACAGAUUUUGGAGAAGCUCUCGUAAGACACGACGAGUUUUAAUCUCUAGACAUUUGCGCAUGAAAAUGCAAAAAUGGACUAUAAUUUAUUUCACAAUAUCCUUGUAUACAAAACCGACUGUGUAAACUUUCAUAACCACAAAUGUAGUCACUUUUCUAUUUUUGUAAAAGGAAAUGAUUGAAUAUUGUUUACAUAGCUUUUAUGUUCGACAUUUUUAGUUUGUUCAUGGAAGGUAGAAGCAUUAGAGUGUUUUGUAUUAAAAUGCACUGAACAUUAAGUUUCUUCAUUCCUCAUUGUGCAGAACAUUAAGUCCAGGGAGUGUUGGAAGUUCCAGCACAUUAACUUUAGGAAGGAUUGUAUUGUAUUGUGUACCCCAGUAAUGCAUGUUUAGUAUCUGAUGUAGGACUUUGAUUGUCGCUGUAUGUUGCUGACUGAAAGAUAGAGGUGCUGAGACACUACAGUAAACUGUUGUAAGGACCAUUAAUUACCACUACAGACUGCAUGACAGCACAUUUUAGGCUUAAACAAAAGCUUUUGUUAAGUAUGUCAUAUUGUAUUAUAAUGAGACAGGGCUGCCUCCAGAGUCAGUAACUCUCUGCAGUUUAAUAAGAUGUUUUUUUGAAAUUGAAGUGUUGAGUCUCAUUCUCUGAGCUUAGCUGUCUAAUCCAAUGUUUAUCUUAAGUGCCUUCUCUUCUCUCCUCACCAUUUCAGUGAUUUACAUAAUGAGUUAAAUUAGUGCUCUGCUUUAUUUCACAGAUUUUUACACUACAGUUGGCUGCUCUGUUUUUGACUAUGCUGUACAUAUGUUUAAAGUCAUAAUGUAAACAGUGUAAAUACAGUGCAGGCUCUGCAACUGAUAAGCUUUUCACAAUAAAAUCUGUCUAAAAUA